CCCGACCGGCAGAGCUUCGCUGCCGUGCUAGGGUCUCCGCUGGUCAGCCUGAGGGUCUGGUCUUACGGCUUCUCUGGGGUCGGCAUCGUCACCAUGCUCCUGGGGUUCCUGGGGUGCCUGGGGGCCCUCAAGGAGGGCAAGGUCAUGCUGGGGCUGUAUUUUGGCCUCCUGCUGCUGCUCUUCGCUGCCCAGAUCACGGUGGCCAUCAUCGUCUACACGCAGCGUGCCACUCUGGCUACAAAGGUGGCCACCUACGCAGAGGAGCUGAUCCGGGGGUACCCGGCCCAGGGACCACCUGGGGACCCCCACGAGAGCUGGGAUGCUGUCCAGCAGCAGCUCGGCUGCUGUGGCUGGAAAAGACCCCAGGACUGGGACCAGCUCGAUGACACCACCACGGACAGGUACGGGGACAGGGCCAUCGCCUGCUCCUGCCUCAGGGCACCCAACGGCACCCACAAGAACCCAUGGAUGCUCCCCCACGGCCGCUGCCCCAUGGCUGCCCCCGAGGACAUCUUCCCCAGGGGCUGCAAGGAGAGCGUCCAGACCUGGCUGGCUGGAAACCUGGUCACCAUCGUGGGGGUUUGCAUAGGCAUCGGCCUGGGGGAGCUCUGCCUGCUGAUGCUGUCGAUGUUCCUGGUCCGGAACCUGGACUCCCACUACGAGAAACUGCUGCGGGGGCUCUGAGGGGGCCAGGGUGCUGUGGGGGGAAGCGCGGAGGGCUUUGUCCUUCAAUAAAAGCCGUUGGGAAGCAGCGGAACCGA